AUGGCGGAAGAACAAUCGCGUGAGGGUUUAUACAUAGUUUUGCUUGAAAGGUUUCGGGAUUUGGAGGUGAGUCACACCAAUCUCAACGACCAGUUUCAAGUGUUAUUGCAGGAGACUAGGGAAGAACAGGGGAGAAGGAAGAGAGGGGAAAGGUCUUCAUCAUCAUCUUCAUCGGAUUCCACCGGAUGGAGUCGUUUUUUGCCAGGUUCUUUCUUGUCCAGGACUCCUUACAGGAACGUGUUGGAAUCCAUGGGACAUGCUGUUUAUGUCUGCAGGAUUUCUACUGGGGAGAUCAUUUACUGGAAUCGUUCUGCUGAGAAGCUCUAUGGAUGGAAGGACUAUGAAGUACUUGGGCGAAGAGUUACUGAUCUGGCUAUCAGAGGAGAAAACUAUGCGUCCCUCCAGAAAAUCAUGGAAGGAUUGAGCAGCGGUCAAUCAUGGUCAGGUCAGUUUCCUUUCAAGAAGAGGUCCGGUGAGAUAUUUAUGGCAAUAGUGACAGAAAGCCCAUUAUAUGAGGAUGGUGAGCACGUUGGUGUUAUUACUGUCUCAAGCGAUGCAGCUUUAUAUCAUAAUAUAAACACAGAAAAACUAACAUAUCGGGAUCGUGCACAUGGCCAAAUUAGAGAACGGGGGUUAAACAUGAAAAAGAUUCAGUGGCGACCACAGCCACACAAUUCACUGGUUCCACAAAUUGCAUCGUCUGUUACAAAUCUGGCCUCAAAAGUCUUCUCACGUGGACGUGGAGAAGAUAAUUGUACUGCUUGUGCGAGUGAUGGAAACAGAGAAGAACCAGGGUUAAGUACUGAAGCUGUGGAAUCAGUAAAGAUUGGAAAGCCAGUAAGAUUUGAUUUUUCUACUUGUACCUCUCUUUUUUUGGGAGAUAAGUUAUUUGUCAGGAGAGCUGGCCUUACUGAAAGGGAAGAUUCUGGGAAUGUUGCAGAACAUGGUUCAGAUAAUAUAUCAGUGGGCAGUGUACUUCCCAUCGCUUCAAACUCCAUGAAAGUUCCAGAAACAGCUAUGGAUCACUACACUGUUGGUGUUGACAGGAAGAACGUAGAACCUAAUAAGAGCAAUUCUGUUUAUGCUGUUAAAAGUGUAUGUUCAAAUGACCACAAAAUUAACAGUUCUUUUGAGGGUUCCUCCACCACAGACAAGAAUACUUCUGUGACAUCUUGGUUGGAGUGUUGCAAGUAUACUGGGAUGUCCAGAACUGGAAUUCCAUUGCCACAGUUAGGCCCUGAAUGGAAGGGGAAGGAGCAGAUACAGGCUGAUAGAGUUAACUGUGAAGCUGUUGAAGCAGAAGGUAGAACACAACAAGAGCCAGAAGUGAUACAAUCUUCAACUUUGCUGAGUUCAGGGGAGAGUGUUGUUAGUAGCCAAGAGAGUUCAUCCACAAAAGAGGAUAAAGAAUCAAGCUCAAUGGUCGAUUGUGAGAUUAGUUGGGAAGACCUACAUUUAGGGGACGAGAUUGGGCAAGGUUCAUUUGCUACUGUAUAUCGAGGAAUUUGGAAUGGAUCGGAUGUUGCUAUAAAACUUUAUUUUGCUAGUGAAUAUCAUGAGGGGAUUUUAUUGGAUUACAAGAAGGAGAUUGGUAUAAUGCAAAGAUUGAGACAUCCAAAUGUAUUGCUGUUCAUGGGGGCAGUGUAUUCGGCUGAACGGCUUGCUAUAGUGACAGAGUUCUUACCCAGGGGAAGCCUCUUCAAAACAUUACACAGAAACAAUCUGAUAUUGGACAUGAGACGCCGUUUGAGAAUGGCACUUGAUGUUGCCCGGGGUAUGAAUUAUUUGCAUAACCGAAAUCCUCCAAUAGUUCAUAGAGACCUGAAAUCUUCAAAUUUACUUGUUGACAAAAACUGGACGGUCAAGGUUGGAGAUUUUGGCCUAUCCAAGUUGAAGAAUGCUACCUUCUUAACAGCAAAAUCUGGAAGAGGGACACCCCAGUGGAUGGCACCUGAAGUGCUCCGGAAUGAACCUUCAAAUGAGAAGUCUGAUGUGUACAGCUUCGGUGUCAUUCUAUGGGAAUUAAUGACUGAAUCCAUUCCGUGGGCCCACCUAAAUUCUUUGCAGGUUGUUGGUGUUGUAGGUUUCAUGGAUCGUCGGUUAGAUGUACCUGAAGGACUUGAUCCCAAAGUCUCAUCCAUUGUCCAUGAUUGCUGGCAAAGCAACCCUGAAUGCCGUCCUUCUUUUAAGGACAUAAUUUUAAGAAUAAGGGAUCUGAUUCAGGCAGCUGCAGCAGCAGUAGCAGCCCCAGUGCUAGAAGACCGGCCAGAGAUAUAAAAAUCUUGAGAUGGGUGUAGUACUACAGUUUGAGAAACAAACAUUCAUGAGAGCAGUGC